AUGAAUGAAACUCAGCGUCGCGCACGGUACAACCUGAUCAUUAUUGUCAAGAGCUCACCGGCCAAUGACGCACGCCGGGGCCGGCUGCGCCGUCUCAUCAGCAAACAAACGCACAAACCCAACACCACCAUCGGCCUCCUCUUCAGUUUAGGUGUCCCGGUUGCCACUAGCAACCAGCCCGAAUUACUGGAUACCAUCAGCAAUGAGGCUGCCCGCUUCGACGAUAUCAUUUUGACCGACUUCACCGACACCUACUAUAACCUGACCUUCAAGACGCUGCUGAAUCUGCGAUUUGCUCACGUGGCCUGCGGCGGUGCCAGUCCCCUCUUCGCCUUCAUGGAUGACGACCAUGGCCUUAACUUGGCCGCUCUCCUCGAUUACUUCCACACCUUUGAAGGGAAACACCAGGGGCAGCUGCGGCACUCCGUCUUCGGCUUCGUAUACCAGCGGCCAAAGGUAAUACGGGAACCGGGACACAAGUGGGCUCUAACGCGUAGCGAGAUGCCCUUCUACAUGUAUCCAGCCUAUGCCGCUGGUCCCUGCUACGUUAUUGGCACUGAGGCUGUGGCGGCACUGUCCAUAGCGGCAGCCUUUACCAAACCGUUGACCAUGGAGGAUGCCUAUGUGGGUCUGAUUGCCGCGAAGCUGGGCAUCAAAAUGCACAACCUACCAGACGUGCAUCUUCAUGGACCUCGUCAAAAUAAAAAACUAAAGCGGGUGCCCCUAAUAGCAUCUUUAGAGUAUUUUGAGAAGCAUAUAUCCUAA